AUGCAGCUAGAUGAGCGAAAGGAGAGCAUCAUCGCGGCGGUCAAUGACGAGCAUGCGAGGUUCAAGUUAUGGUCUAGAAAUAUCGGUGCCCACCGCACUGGACUUGGUUCACUGGACCAUCGUCUUCGGGACUCCUCUCCUCUCCUCUCAGACAGCAACUGCUUAGUUGAAGCCAUAUUGAGCGGAAAGGCGACGCCAUGGGACGAGGAGGUCAUAGACGGCUGCGACAUUGACGCCGAGUUGAAAGAAAUACUUGGGGAUGAAAAGUUUGAGUUCAACUCAGAACUGGAUCAGUUGUCCGUAGAUAUCGCCGAUAUUAUCAACUCCUUGCUGCGGCUUUCCACGACGAUACGGAAUCCAGCGCCGCAUGACCACUUCAUGUCGACUGAAUACGCAGAAGAUAGUUACUUUAGCGAUUUCGAUGCUCGACACGUGGAGGCCAAGUACAAGGAUGCAAACCAAGACCUGAGGCGGCGGCACUUCAAGUACCGCGAGUCGCACCAUGCCAAGUUGUCUCAAGGCCUUGACCUCGACCAAGGCUGCACCGAGGCGGGAGAAAAGAGCACAGUUGCGUCUUCGGUGCCUUUGGCUAUGAAGGACCCCGGGAACUCGGCGCCAUUGUUUGGCGAACUAGACGAGGACGACCACUCGGAGACUGGAAACUCUCAAACAUCAUACGCCACGACCGCACCAGAGUCCGAGAAACUGCGAGUCCCGCCUCUUCCAGAGCAUGGAAAUAAAGAGUACAGCAGGCGUCACGAAUGGAUGGACCACGUGCUCCAAAAACAUUGGAAGACCUGGAGAUGCCCAGGCUCAUGCCAAGGAUACUGGUCCCCUCAAGCGUCCCUUAAGCGACACGUGCAAGAUAUACACUCGGAUAUCAUAAGCACCGGAGACCUGAAUGCUAGUAUCGCAAGAAAUGAGCGAAUGAAACUGUUAGACGCAAAGACCGAAUGCCCGUUGUGCAAGCACCCAGUCGACCUGGCUCUCUUUGCUCUUCCCAAAACCGGCGACAGGGAAGAUUCAGACGACUAUGACGAGAUGGGUGAUGACAAGGCGGUUGAUAGUAGCGAGGUGGACGACGAUAACAAUGUACACGACAAUGACGAGGUGACAGUUGAUAACGGCCUGGACCAAGCCGACGAGCUGGACGAUCAAGCCGAGCUAUGUACAACUGAACGUAGAGGGAGACACGAAAUGCUCCAAAGUGAUGACAGCAGAUCAAUUCCGUCUAAAAAGCAAAUGCCAAAGGCAUCCUCUCAUUACCAGGCCAAAGUAAACAGGGCUUGGCAAUGCGUGCGUAUCACCGUCUACUUCAACACUCGAGAUUAG